UUGUUGCUUUGGACUUGUCUCUAAAUCUGGAAUAACGGAGGACCUCCACGGCCAUCAUGUCCACGUCUGUGCAGGUGGAGCCGGUCAUGGAGAAGCAGUAUGACGGAGUUGGCCGCUGCAAGUGCUCCUUCUGGUUUGCGGUGGCCCACGACAUACUUGGCGUCUUCAUCAUGAUGGUGGGGGUGUUCGGAGGGCUCCCCAUUCACGACCUGUUCAUCUACGCCGGCGCCAUCGUCAUCUUCCUCAGCCUGAUCUGGUGGGUGUUCUGGUACUCGGGGAACAUCGACGUGCCGCCCGAGGAGCUGGAGGACGAUGUGGGCCUGAUCAAGCUGAACCCCACCAAGACCCGGAGACUCAGCCGGGUGGUGAGGCGAGCGUCGCAGCGCCUCUCCAGCAGGAUCAGGAACUCUUUCAGGAGGAGCAGCAGAAUGGACCCCGCAGGCGCAAACAGACCUGCAAACGCAGAGGCGUCACUCUCCACCAUCUUCGACAGCUCCUUCACCUCCUCGUCCAAGGGAAUCGUGAGGGAACCACUUUCCAUAUGAACUAAUGCCUCACAGAGAACUGAAAGACAUUGCCAGAUGUUUGAAUUGUUUUUGCUCAACAGUAUUCUUUUUUAUUUCUUUGCUGACAAACAGGCAUGCAAUGAUUAACUACCAUUUAUAUCUGAAGAUAAGAUCCCCAUGCUCUUAUCUUCCUGGUAAGAUAGAAGCUUUGCACACAA